AUGGCUGGAGCAAUGAAGUUGGCAUGCUUGGUCUUGGCCUGCAUGAUUGUGGCCGGUCCAAUAGCAGCGAACGCCGCUCUGAGCUGUGGAACCGUUAACGGCAACCUGGCACCGUGCAUUGGCUACUUGACUCAAGGUGCACCUCUUCCCCAAGGGUGCUGCACUGGCGUUGGUAGUCUUAACCGCCUGGCUCGUACAACCCCCGACCGUCAGCAAGCUUGCCGUUGCCUUCAGGGAGCCGCUAGAGCCUUAGGCUCUAGUCUCAACGCUGGCCGCGCAGCUGGACUUCCUAAGGCAUGCCGAGUCAGUAUUUCUUACCCAAUCAGCACCAGCACCAACUGCAACAACGUGAAAUGA